GUGACCAAGGAAGACAUUAGUAGAUCCCACAGGGUACCAGCUGGGCCCUAUUCCGCUGAUCGCCCUGCACGCGACAUCAUCGUGCGAUUUAUAUCGUACCGCACGCGAGCGGAGAUAUAUCAGGCAAGAUCUGCCGUGUUCGGUUUAAGGAGGGAAUCUGACUCAUCCGAAUCCAUUUCAUCAUCAGUCCCACCGCCAUUCUAUGUUAAUGAAGCACUAACCAAGCAGCGUGCAGCUGUAUUUGCCAAGGCCCGACAUCUCAAAAGUAUUGGUGCUUUUGACCGUGCAUACACCCGUGAUGGCCGUAUUAUCGUGCGAGACACCAAAGGCAAAGGCUUCAAGUUCACCAAACUAUCAGAGAUGUCCAACUACCCCGACCCUCCUCCCAAAAAGUCUACGCAUAUCGGCGCGACUACUUCCAGCUCCGCGCGACUGAGUGCUGCUAGCUCUAACACUAAACAUGUUGCCCCCCUCAAGCCACUGGAUACUUCGACCCCCAAACAGAACAACAAACCGUCAAGUCAAUCGGUGAUGAAAGACAAUAACAAAAAUCGAUUUUCGACAAUCUCUGGAUUUAGUACACAAUAAUUAUAGUAUCAAAAUAUACAUGUGCACCCUUGUGUUUACACGUGCCUAUAUAUAUACAUGAUGGGCCCAAGUAAUUAACCUUGCCAUAUAUCAGUAUGUGUACAUAGCCUGUUACGGGUGAAUAUUGUUGAUUGUUAUUGUUAUUCAACAUGUGCUGCAUCAAAUAGACAUAUACUUAUUAUCUACAUGUAAGUAGCUUUUUGACAUGCCCCAAGUCUCUCUGUGUAAAAAUGUAUCUGUCUACCUAUCUGUACAUGAAAUACAUGUGAUCUAUAUAUAUACAAGUGUAUGGCUCAACAAAUAGCAUUUAUCACUAUUGUACUUCUUACUAUCAAUAUGAUGAUUGAUCUGCUUCUCUAAAUUUAUGCUACCACACCUAUUAGUCACCAAAAGUAUAUUUCUAUAUAGUCUAUACAGCCAGAUGCAUAUAAUUGUUUUCUAUAUCUACAUGUAUAUCAAGUUUGCGUCCAGUACAACUGGACCAUUAUCAAUAUCUACUCAAUUUACUGUUUGUAUUCAUGGUUGUGAAAUCUAGUUUACAAGAAAAAUCAACCUGUAACCUUUAGUAAUACAUGUACAACAACUAUUUGCUGUGUAAUGAUGUACAUUAAAUAAUUUUAUUGUGUUUGAGCUAGUAUAACCUGUCAAAACAUUAAUUGAAUUAUAUAUAUUUUUAUAGAUCCAUAUUUUCUAUUUUUUUUUUUUUUUUUUUUUUUUAUUUUUUUUGCUUGCUUGGUGAACAUUCAUGGCCAGUAUACGUAGUGGAUAGUGUCUAGCAUAUACAGUUCACAUAAUACGGUAAAAUCACAAUAAUAACCCAGUGCUACUAUCUCAAUACCAUUGUUUAAUUCUGUAUUAUCUUGUCAACCUACUCUGACCUUAUACUUAUCUACUAUUUCACGUACCUGUAAUGUUUAGGCAAUAGUGUUCCAAAUGUAUAAUCCAUGUGGACUACAUGUCAACACGUGUCUAGUACCAUACUGUUAAUUCCCUGUAAUUUAAGUGCUGUACCGGUUUGGUUUUUACCUUGAUGCACUUUGGCAUAUUUUGAACCUGAGGAUGUCCGUCUAGGAACAUAUAAUUAGCUAUCGCCCAGACCAUCUAAUAGUAAGCGUACCGUAUUCGUGUUCACUCAAGUGCUUGUGUUUAAUUGCACACAUACUAAGCUGUACAAGCGUUUUGUAAAUAUGAUUAUAUAUAUAUUUUUCAAAGCGGUUGAUUCCACGAUGCAUGUAACUUGUAAGUGUGAAUUAUGCCUCUUAUGUAUUUGUAUUUUAGUUUGUUUGUUGUGUUUGUUGUUAAUAUUGAUGCUAUUAUAUGUUUAAGCAACGAUCUAUACAUUGCAAGUCCCUGCCCAUGCUCAUGCUUUGCUGCUAGUUGUAUUGCCCGAACCCUUAUUAAGCGUGGAUGUCCCACUAAACUGACUGUUUACGAUAAUGGUUAAAAUUCUUUUUUCAUCUGUUGUGAAUAGGACAUCCAUCUUACGAGGGCAUAUGACUUGGCCAUGCAGUAUUUCUAUUCAAUUUAUAUACAUUUAUUCUAAAAUAUUCAACAAUAACUCAUAUCUACAAAUACUUCUGCAAACACUGCUGAUUAAAUGUAUGGAUGUUGAACUGAAUCCAGGUCCACUCCAGAAUGUAGAAAUAGUUCAUCUUAAUGUUAGAUCCAUAAGAAAUAAAAUAGAUGUUAUUGAAGCACAACUACAUGAUAGUGACAUAAUAUGUAUAACUGAAUCACACCUUAACCCUCUAAUCCCAAAUUCUGAUAUUAAAUUAGAGUCAUUCUCAGAUGAAAUUCAUAGAAAAGAUAGGACAACAGGGCAUGGUGGUGGUGUUAUUAUCUAUCAUAAAAACAAUAUUCUUACUAAACGUAGACAUGAUCUUGAAAAUGAACAUAUAGAAAUGAUUUGGAUAGAAGUCUUAAUCCAAAAUCAUAAAUUUCUGCUUGGAUGUAUAUAUAGACCUGAUUCUAAUAUAGAAUACUGGAGUAAAUUUGAACAAAUCCUUGAUAAAGCUAGUGAAACUUCCAUGGAUAUACUAAUUACUGGUGACUUAAAUGUUGAUAUGCUAAGAACCCCACCCACUUCUCACUUAUCUAGACUCUUAACUAAAUUCAACCUAAAAAGUAUUAUUAAUAAACCUACUAGAGUGACACCUGAUAGUGCAACCUCUAUAGAUGUUGUCUUUACAAAUAAUCCUUCCAUAGUGAAAAAUACUCAUGUUGACCCUGCUUUCUGUAGUGACCACUCCCCUAUAUAUAUGGAAGUUUGUUAUGCUAUCUUCAAACAUAAAGCAUACAAAAAGACUGUAUGGAUGUAUAACAAUACUGACUAUAAUAUUAUGAAUGACGAACUAAAUGUUAUUGACUGGAACUUAAUUGCUGCUGAUAUGGAUACCCAAGAAUUGGAUUAUCACAGGUCUAAGGAAAGGUACAUCACACCAAACUCUAUAUAAAGAACUAGGUUGGGAAUCCCUGUCUGAUCGAAGGAUGAACCAUAAGCUAACUCAGAUGUAUAAAAUAACUAACAAUUUAUCACCCACAUACCUCCAUGACAUAAUUGAUCCUCUUACUCAUAACCCAGAAAAUGAUAGGUAUACUCUAAGAAAUGUAAGAAUGUUUAACCCACCACUAUGUCGUACAGAAUCCUAUGCUAAAAGCUUCUUCCCAGUAAUGUGCAACAAGUUCAAUGGACUUGAAAAUGAUAUAGUACAUUCCCCUACUCUUAAUAAAUUUAAGGCCAAGGUGUAUAAUAAAAUAUGUUGUAAUAAUGAUAUCUCGGAUGUAUUUAAAAAUUGUGAAAGCAGAAAGGAUAACAUAAUCCUAUGUCAACUGAGAAAUGAGGCGAGUAACCUGAACUAUGAUCUAUUCAAAGAUCACUUGAAAGAGUCUCCAUCUUGUCUGUGUGGUGAUGCUUAUGAAACUGCUACACAUUAUCUUUCACAAUGUCCAAUGUAUACUAAUGAGAGACAAACUUUAAUAAAUGAGAUUUUUGAAGUGUGUCCGGUUAAUCUUGAUACUAAAACACUUCUUAAUGGAAGCACUGUGUUAAACAAUACUGAAAAUAAAUCUAUACUUGAUAGUGUUCUAAAAUAUAUAUACAACACAAGAAGAC